ACAGUUACUUGACGAAACACAUAAAAACUCACACGGGAGUAAAACUUUACACUUGUUCAACCUGUGGGAAGAAUUACAUACGAAAGAAUGGUUUAAUUUCUCACAUGAGAAUUCACACAGGUGAGAAGCCUUUCCCUUGUGGGAGCUGUGGUAAACGUUUCAGUCAUAAAUGCAGCUUAAAAAUUCAUGCGAGACUUCACACAGGUGAGAAGUCUUUCUCUUGUGGGACCUGUGGAAAAAGAUUCACUCAAAAAGGACAUUUAACUUAUCACAUUAGAAUUCACACAGGUGAGAAGCCUUUCUCUUGUGGGACCUGUGGAAAAAGUUUCACACUUAAAGGACAUUUAACUCGUCACAUGAUAAUUCACACAGCUGAGAAGUCUUUCUUUUGUGGGACCUGUGGAAAGAGUUACAAUCAUCGAAGUAGUUUAACUCAGCACAUGAGAAUUCACAAAAGUGAGAAGCCUUUCUCUUGUGGGACCUGUGGAAAGAGUUACUAUCAAAGAACGACUUUAACUCGGCACAUGAGAAUUCACAGAAGUGAGAAACCUUUCUCUUGUGGGACCUGUGGAAAGAGUUACAUUCACAGACACAAUUUAACUUAUCACAUGAGAAUUCACACAAGUGAGAAACUUUUCUCUUGUGGGAUCUGUGGAAAAAGUUUCACAAAUAAAGCCGGUAUAAGUGAUCAUAUAAGAAUUCACACAGGUGAGAAGCCUUACUCUUGUGUGACCUGUGGAAAAAGUUUCACUCAAAAAGGACAUUUAACUCAGCACAUGAAAAUUCACACAGGUGAGAAGCCUUUUCUUGUGAGACUUGUGGAAAAAGUUUCACCCAUAAAGCCGGUUUAACUGAUCAUAUGAGAAUUCACACAGAUGAGAAGCCUUUCUCAUGUGGGACCUGUGGUAAAAGUUUUAGGAUGAAAAAACAUUUACUUAAACACUUAAACAUUCAUAUGCGU